AUGGUGAAGGACCUCCCCGCCGAGAUAUGGCUGCUGAUUUUUCACUAUGCGGUCGAAGACGGAUCACUAUUUGACUAUGACCUCCCCACCUCCCUUACAGAGUCGUCCUGGUUCAAGCUCGUAUUCGGUGGUUGGUCACUGAGGUCACCGGCCGAAGCGUUGAAUUUAUUGCAGAGACGGAGUUAUGCUACAAAGAAGGCCAUCUCCUCGACAUGCUCCACUUGGAGAAUCUUGGGGACAGAAUUUCUGUACAGGUGUUUAUUCUUCAAUGAUCCAACGUGCAUCAUGCAGAUUUCGCGCAUUUUACGGCGUGAUAAUUCCCUGGGUCGGUGGGCCAAGAGACUCCAUAUAACCCGGUUCUACGCGAGCGGCGGCGCGGACGUUGUCCAAAUGCAAGACGCGUUGACACACGUCAUCCGGUGCUGUCCUAACCUCGAGAUAUUCAUCGUCAACUGGCCUAUAAAGCCUGUCCUCACCACGAUCAUCAAUGCUUUGUGCACUUUCUGCCACAAAUCGUUACGUACUCUGCAUCUUAAUAUCCCUCCUGUAGCCCUUCCAAAAGUUAUCCUCAUGCUUGAAUCGCUGCCUAGGCUCUCUUCUAUCCACCUUGAAUUUGAUGGGCCUUGUCCAGAGAAUAUUCCGCUAGGUGCAACGUCCGACCUCACUCUCAAUCUCACUGCACUUGAACAGCUAUCAUUACGUGGCCUGUUCCAGCUGUUCGUUGAGCAAGCGACAGGCUGGAAUAUACCCGCUCUUCGGAGCUUAUCACUUGAUUUUCUCAGCUAUCGCGACGAUUUGCCCGAUAUCGUUGGUUUCCUCACUCAUCAUGGCGCAGGAUUGACCUACCUCGACCUCAACUGCAUCCCCGCUCUCGAUGUUCCCACUAUCCUUGAUCUUUGCCCAGCUCUUACGACGUUUGCCUUCAAUCCGGAUUGGCGCCUUCAAAAUGCGGAUGGACUCCAUGGAACUGCGAUUCUCGUCCACCGCCCACACCAGAACAUCCUUACUAUUGGCUGCCAUCAACUCCUCUAUGCAUUUGGUGUAGGCGAAGCAGCAAAAUUCGCCUCAAUCGAUCCCGUAGCCUCGCUGUUCAUCCAACGUCAGAAUGAUAUGAACUUUGCCGCGCUCAAUAAGCGCAAUUUCCCCCGCUUGCAGCGCGUUCGGGUGUUGAAUAGGACCCUCCUACGGGAUCUUGAAGCCGCAGAUGGACCUGGCGAGGGUGGUCUUAAACGUUGGGAGAGAUGGUGGGAUCUAUGCGCAAAACAAGGCAUUCGGCUAGAGGAUUGUACGGGACAGUCGCUGGGUACUCUGCCGCAGGACGAGGAAGAAAGUGAAAGCGAAUCCGAGUCCGAGGUCAGUGAAGAUGAAUCGCGGAAGGACGAGAUGAAGUCACUUAGAGAUCUGCUAGAUCAAUGCAGAAUCAUGAAUGCCACAAGGGAGGAGCCCUUCUUCGCUCCGCAGAGCGCAUAUGAACGAAGUAGGAAUUGA